AUGCUGAGAGAGAGAGGACAUGAUCAAAAUCAAUGAGGUAAGUAGGUGCCCUUUUACUGAGCUCCCAGCACUAUCUAGAUCUAGCUAAUCUCUUCUGAAUAAAAGUACUACAUUUAGUUUGGAGAUUAAAUUGUACUUUUUGGGUAUGUUUUAAAUACAUACACAGAACAUAUUGGUUGAUCAAACACACAUACGAUUAUAGGGAGAAGCAUCUGUUUCUCGAUUUAUUUCUCAGUUGUCUCAGAUUAAACCACACUGAGUGAAAUCUUGAUACAUAAAAGUAUAAUUACAAUUGAAUAAUAUAACAUGCUGUAAUAUGAUAUGAUUAUAGUCGUAAUAAUCUGAUUUUUGGGCCUGCAGACCAGUUAUACUAAACUAUUCACCCUCGACACCAACUCAAUUUACAGAUCUAUCUUCCAACUGAAAGGGAAGUUAAAGACAUGCUCCUGAACUUUGGCAAAUAAUUAGGGCUCUAUUCUAAUCAGAUCUGCUUUAGCCAACAUCCGCAUAGCGGUUGUUUUAGCGGAACUGUGUUAGAGCUGUCAAAUCCACAAGUGGCUCCCAGCAUUAUACCUAAAGCGGAGUCACAUUAACAGAAAUCCUAUGCAGCCUUGUUUACAAGUUUGAACACUGGAAUGUGAGAUGUAAUCUACACCUUGAUUAGGAUGAUAGAAAUCCUAAUUCUUUUGUUUAAUGAUUCUUCAAUUUGUGUGUAAUUAUUUCUAUAUGGCCUACACUUUCUCGCUCUGAACUUCUAACGCAAGUGUGGCGGGUGUGGCUACGUAACAACGCGCAAGAGCAGCUGCUCACCGAUUUGACGGCUCCAACACAGUUCCACCUCCGACACGCCAAAAUAUCUGCUAUGCUGGUGUCUACUAUCGCCGGUUAACGCUUGAUACGCUUUGGGCUGGAUGUGUCUAUGUGUAGUUUAUACAUGCAUAAUCUAUCUACUUUCAGAACUACUGGUUAAAAAGUAUACAAAAGUACUGGAUAAUCUCUUUAAGUGAGAGAGGGUUACUAACCCAUUUACCAUAAAUGGUCACCAAAGGUUUUACAGUCAAGAUAAUCAAAAGACUCCCAUCAAGUACUGUACUUUCACUUCUCUAUCUCUUAUACCCUAUUCUCCUUUUCUGCUCUGAUUCAAAACCCUGAUUUCCUUUCUCUCGUAAGCUUGUAAAAAAAAAUCUACAGGAACAGGGCUCAAUGUCACAUGGAUGUCUGUCUCUAUGCUCUGUAUCUGUUACUGUAAGACAUAUACACAUGCUUACAGUAAGACAAUUGUACACUAAAACUUUCACCUUCCUCUUCAUCUACUGUUGAUACUGCAGGUGCACAGCUGGGUCAUUCUACAAAUAGAGUGCCUUUUAGGUAGUGUAAUUUUGUCAAAAAUAACUAUUUAUUUCAACUAAUUUUAACAUUUUGUCAUAAAGAGCACAUGUUCAACUUCAUAACAAACAUGUUUUCCCAUCUCAAGAGGUUACAUUAAGAAAAAUGACUAUAAAAGUGACAGGGUUGAUUCUAACAGGGUUGACGAUUUCAUCUUAAAAUCAGCUAUUACUCCCAUUGUGAUGGGGGAAAUGGAAGCUUAUUGUCUGCAAUAUGGAGGGGAAAUUGAAUGCAAGCUUAACAACAAUAUUUUAACUUGAUAAAACAUUUCUAGCCUAUCUAUCUACAGUGGGGGGGAAAAGUAUUUAGUCAGCCACCAAUUGUGCAAGUUCUCCCACUUAAAAAGAUGAGAGAGGCCUGUAAUUUUCAUCAUAGGUACACGUCAACUAUGACAGACAAAAUGAGAAAAGAAAUUCCAGAAAAUCACAUUGUAGGAUUUUUUAUGAAUUUAUUUGCAAAUUAUGGUGGAAAAUAAAUAUUUGGUCAAUAACAAAAGUUUCUCAAUACUUUGUUAUAUACCCUUUGUUGGCAAUAACACAGGUCAAACGUUUUCUGUAAGUCUUCACAAGGUUUUCACACACUGUUGCUGGUAUUUUGGCCCAUUCCUCCAUGCAGAUCUCCUCUAGAGCAGUGAUGUUUUGGGGCUGUCGCUGGGCAACACAGACUUUCAACUCCCUACAAAGAUUUUCUAUGGGGUUGAGAUCUGGAGACUGGCUAGGCCACUCCAGGACCUUGAAAUGCUUCUUACGAAGCCACUCCUUCGUUGCCUGGGCGGUGUGUUUGGGAUCAUUGUCAUGCUGAAAGACCCAGCCACGUUUCAUCUUCAAUGCCCUUGCUGAUGGAAGGAGGUUUUCACUCAAAAUCUCACGAUACAUGGCCCCAUUCAUUCUUUACACGGAUCAGUCGUCCUGGUCCCUUUGCAGAAAAACAGCCCCAAAGCAUGAUGUUUCCACCCCCAUGCUUCACAGUAGGUAUGGUGUUCUUUGGAUGCAACUCAGCAUUCUUUGUCCUCCAAACACGACGAGUUGAGUUUUUACCAAAAAGUUCUAUUUUGGUUUCAUCUGACCAUAUGACAUUCUCUCAAUCCUCUUCUGGAUCAUCCAAAUGCACUCUAGCAAACUUCAGACGGGCCUGGACAUGUACUGGCUUAAGCAGGGGUCACGUCUGGCACUGCAGGAUUUGAGUCCCUGGCGGCGUAGUGUGUUACUGAUGGUAGGCUUUGUUACUUUGGUUCCAGCUCUCUGCAGGUCAUUCACUAGGUCCCCCCGUGUGGUUCUGGGAUUUUUGCUCAUCGUUCUUGUGAUCAUUUUGACCCCACGGGGUGAGAUCUUGCGUGGAGCCCCAGAUCGAGGGAGAUUAUCAGUGGUCUUGUAUGUCUUCCAUUUCCUAAUAACUGCUCCCACAGUUGAUUUCUUCAAACCAAGCUGCUUACCUAUUGCAGAUUCAGUCUUCCCAGCCUGGUGCAGGUCUACAAUUUUGUUUCUGGUGUCCUUUGACAGCUCUUUGGUCUUGGCCAUAGUGGAGUUUGGAGUGUGACUGUUUGAGGUUGUGGACAGGUGUCUUUUAUACUGAUAACAAGUUCAAUCAGGUGCCAUUAAUACAGGUAACGAGUGGAGGACAGAGGAGCCUCUUAAAGAAGAAGUUACAGGUCUGUGAGAGCCAGAAAACGUGCGUGUUUGUAGGUGACCAAAUCCUUAUUUUCCACCAUAAUUUGCAAAUAAAUUCAUAAAAAAUCCUACAAUGUGAUUUUCUGGAGAAAAAAAAUCUCAAUUUGUCUGUCAUAGUUGACGUGUACCUAUGAUGAAAAUUACAGGCCUCUCUCAUCUUUUUAAGUGGGAGAACUUGCACAAUUGGUGGCUGACUAAAUACUUUUUCCCCCCCACUGUAUGGGUAACAUGGUUGAUGUGUUAUGCACAACAUGCUCAGUUUUCCACCACAAAACACCAGGGUCGGAUUACCGAACGGGCAAGCGAGGCACGUGCCCCGGGGCCCCAAAUGCAGUACCCCGGCCCUGACUAGAACCAGCACAUCUGCUUUUACACUAUGAUUUGACCAGGCCUAUUCAAUGUUCUUUUGUAAAAGAACAAUUAAGGAAUCAUUUUACCAUAUUAAAACGAGAGUUCAGUUCAUGUUACAGGGUUGACCUUAAACCUGAGGGACAAAUAUAAAUGAAUAACUAAUUACAUUAAAUACAUCUUUAUAAAUUACUUUUCCAUAGAAACAAAAUAACUAGGGCUUUAAAAUAAUGUUGAAAACUGGGUUAAAAUAUUCCCAGAAGUUGGUAAAACAUGAAGUGGGACAUUCCAAAAUUGGGAUUAUUAUAGAAAACAAGUAUUUAUGUUAAUGAAAACACACUGCUAUUGGAAUUUUUUAUGUAGUAAUAGUUUUGUUAGAGUGAAGAUGUAUGUGAUCCAACUGUUUGAGUGUUUUAUCAAAAUUGACACACAAUGUCUGAGGGACAUAAAAGGAACUCUAUUCGUGGAAUGACCCAGCUAUUUUAAAGAAACAUUCAAAUGAUCUAACAGCAGGGACUGUGAAUAACAGAUACACAUUAAGAAUUCCGCCUUUCACUGUGCAUCCUGUCAACUACCCUUAUAUUUUGACUGCUCUGAUCGCUCAUUUUUAUGUUUCUUUACAUACACAAUGUUUCUGCAGACAGUAUGUCAAUAAGUCAGCAGACAUAUCAUACGAUCAUUGCCACGUUAAUGUGGCUUAUGUGGUCUAGUGGUUUGUGCGACAGAGCAUGGCACACACAUACCAGAGAUACCAUGGGUUUGAAUCUGCCCCACUGCCCUUCUGAAUCCCAAUCCCAACCUUUCCUGUCUUCUCUUGGUGUCCUAUUUGUUAACUAAAACUGUAAAUAAAUAUUAUGUGUUAAUGUUCAUCCAUUUACUCUUCAUGUGCUCUUUUUCAGCAGUACCAUUUCACAAGGUAGUUAGAUGCAUCAUGGGAGUGGAUCAGAACGUAUCUACAGUAGUGGACCUGAACACAUCUAACAUAACCAUGGAGUACAGCUCAGUCCGCUCAGUGGAACAAGUCCCUACAGAAUACCGCAUCACAGGCCUGGUCUUCUAUUGUGUCAUCUUCACCAUCGGCAUAGUGGUCAACGUCACCGCAUUAUGGGUAUUUGCCUUGACCACCAAGAGGAGGAACUCCGUCUCGGUCUACAUGAUCAACGUGGCCAUAGUGGAUCUCGUCUUUAUCGUCCUUCUCCCCUUCCGGAUGGUUUACUACGGCCAGGACCAAUGGCCGUUCGGAGACAUCUUCUGUCGGGUCAGCGCGGCUCUGACUGUCUUCUACCCAUGCAUGGCCCUGUGGCUCUUUGCCCUGAUCAGCACUGACCGCUACGUGGCCAUCAUCCAGCCCAAACACAGCAAGGAGCUCAAGAACAUCCCCAAAGCCCUGGUAGCAUGCAUCGGGGUGUGGAUCAUGACCCUGGGUAGCACUGUCCCCUUGAUCUUCCCAGACCACGACCCGGAUCGCGCCUCCAACUUCACCACCUGCAUCAAGAUGCGUGACAUCAUCCACCUGCGAACGGACAACCCCGUCCACUUCGCGCGCCUGGUCUUCUUCUUCCUGGUGCCCAUCUGUAUUAUGAUUGGUUGCUACGUGGUCAUCGUGGAUAACCUCGUCCACGGACGGACUUCCAAGCUCAAGCCCAAGGUCAAGCAGAAGUCCAUCAGGAUCAUCAUCACGCUCAUCGUCCAGGUGCUGGUGUGUUUCGUGCCCUUCCAUGUUUGUUUGGUGGUUCUGUUGCUGGAAGGUGGGAAUGGUUCGGAUUACAGCACGUGGGGGGCCUUUACAACGUUCCUGAUGAACCUGAGUACAGUUCUGGACAUUAUUCUUUACUACAUUGUCUCCAAGCAGUUCCAAGAUAGAGUGAUCAGUGUGAUUCUGUACAGGAACUACCUGCGCAGCGUGCGGAGGAAGAGCAGACGCACACACACAGGAAGUGUGAAGUCAAUCAGUAACUUGACCAGUGCCAUGAUCUGA